AAAAAAAAAAAAAAAAAGUCCACCCUGAGAUAUACUGGACUGGUUCUGUUUUCUCCUAACUAGUGCUUUACUAUAGCUUGUUUUGGGUUUUGUUUCUGUUUUUGUUUGAAACCAGAAAGUCCUUUGCUGUUUCCUUAUUAUCCUCGAAAAUCAUUGCAUUUUGUGAAAAGGCGGAUGGAGAACAUUAUUGAUCAGUGUUUGCAAAAGCCAGCAGAUGUAAUCGGAAGAUCAAUGAAUCAAGCAAUCUGCAUUCCAUUAUAUAGAGAUGCUAGGAGUAUGGACUCUGCUCGUAGAUUGCUAAAAUUCCCAUUUCUGUGGAAUAAUAAAACUUCAAAUCUACAUUAUCUUCUUUUUACUAUUUUAGAAGAUUCGGUUUAUAAAAUGUGCAUCUUAAGGAGACAUACUGAUAUUUCCCAAUCUGUAAGUAAUGGACUAAUUGGUAUUAACUUUGGGAGCUUCACAUAUUCCACAACUGAAAAAGUCAGAAGAAGAGCGUUCUCUCCCAGCACUUACAGUUGUCUAGACGCCCAGUUUUAUGAUGAUGACACUGUAACACUCAUCCUUAAAGACUCCAUGGGACGUGAAGGAAGAGACAGGAUCUUGGUUCAGUUGCCGUUGUCCUUAGUGUAUAACAGUGAAGAUUCCGAAGAGUAUCAGUUCACUGGGACUUACUCGACAAGGCUAGAUGAGCAGGGCAGCAUUAUCCCCACACGCACCCUGCACUUGGAGAAGCACUGGAGGCUGCUGGAGAGCAUGAAAGCACAGUAUGUUGCUGGGAAUGGCCUUCGGAAAGUGUCCUGUGUGCUAAGCUCAAACCUCCGACAUGUGCGGGUGUUUGAGAUGGACAUCGAUGAUGAGUGGGAGCUCGACGAUUCUUCAGACGAUGACGAUGAGGCCGGGGGGAAGCCCAUGAAGAUCAAGGAGGAAGAGCUGUCGGAGUCGGACACAGAGGAGCAGCAGGAUGCUGCUGCCCUCGACCCAGACAUAGUCAUCAAAGUGGAGAAACUCGACCCUGAGCUGGACUCAUGACCCACUUUAACAGCAUGUGUUACUGUGGCAAAAAACAUAGGGGGUGGACUAAGAUGACGUGGGUCACAUUGAAUUAUCUGUGUAACAAAAAUAAAUGGUAAAUUUUAUUUUUCAUACUGUU